AUGCAGAGGCAGAUGGAGCGAUUUACGGUCUUUAAUGUCCACGAUGGCAAGCUCAAGCAAAGACAAGGUUUGACACAGUCCAAUGUGACCCGGCUGGGUCUGGUGGAGCGAGUUUUGUCGUCCAGCUUUACCUCUGUCACCUGCUUGGUGUUCCUCUUCAUCAAUGGAGUGAUGAUGUUCAUUUUGAGAAGUAAACCUGUGUUUCAAGAGACAUCUCGCUAUAUCCUGCUGUUUCACCUCCUCCUGGCGGACACGCUGCAAAUGGCAAUCACCCAGGCGUUGUACCUUGUGCACGCAUGUCGGAUCAUCAUGACGUAUCCUGAGUGCGGCGUACUCACCAUGCUGGGCCACCUGACCAGUGAUAUAUCUCCUCUGCUGCUGGUGGUGAUGUCGCUGGAGAGAUAUGUGGCGGUGUGCCACCCUCUCAGACAUGCCUCCAUCAUCACUGUCAGGAACACGGGGGCGGCAGUGCUCGCUGUUUGGAUCUUUUCUUUACUAAAUGUUCUCACCCAAGUGCUUUUGCUGUUAAAGUUUCCUUUUGAUGAGCUGGAGAGUCUGCAAAUGCCAAAGCUGUGUGCCAGUACCAACAUGAUUCUCCUGCCUGUGUUUGAUCAUUACAGAACCGCUUACACAGGUUUUUUAUUCACCUUGGCAGGCUUUAUCAUUGUUUGCAGCUACGUCAGUGUGAUGGUGGCAGCAAGGUCGGCAUCAAGGGGUCAAGGAGACAAGGAGUCAGCCCGUAAAGCUCAGAGGACACUGCUGCUGCACCUAGUACAGCUGGCCCUCAUCCUCUUGUCAUACAUCUACAUCACUGUCCUGAUAUUUUUGUACACUGUUACCUCCAGAAUUAUCUUUUUACGAAUGCAGUCCUUUAUGUUUGUGUGUUUUUUCUUCAUACCCAGAUGUAUGGGUUCUCUCAUCUACGGGCUGAGAGAUCAAACAAUCAGAGUCGUCCUCACGUACUAUCUCUGCUGUACACGCAAAGUGGCAGUCGCUCCUGUCAAGGCUGUGCUUGUGUCCUGA